AUGGCGCCAAACGAAAUGGAAAGGAGAAAAGUACUUGCUUGGUUUUUUUAUACGCGCAUGAAAGAGAAAAGAAAAACGAUUGCAAAUUAUAAUGGUAAACCUGUAUGUGUACCAUGGUUAAGGUCUAUAAAACGGCGAAAAAUGGAAAAUUUACAAGCUAUUUUAGCUGGUGCUUUUUAUCCACGUAUUAGGGAAGUUUGGAUGCGUCCUCGAUCUUCUGCUUGGUUUGAAAUGGUAGAAACUUACUUCACGGAUGACCAAUGGUAUGAUAACUUUAGAGUGACUAAAGGUACCUUUGCAUUCAUUUUAAGUAAGAUCAACUUAGACAUAUCACAUAAGGACACGGUCAUGCGAAAUGCUGUACCUGCGAAGCGUCGCCUAGCCAUCACGUUAUACUUCCUUGCAUCAACAGCAGAGUACAAAACAAUUGCUAACUUGUUUGGAGUUUCUGCUGCUUUU